UCCUACGACACAGAGAGGCAAGUUCUACCGCUGUCACUGUUAUUAUAACGUGAAAGUAAUUUAUUUAUAAGGUUAACUUGUGAUGUAGAGAUGAGUUUAAGUUCUUAAAAAAAACCCCCAGCACCAUCGAAGAAAAUAUACACGUUUUUUUUGACCAAUACCUGUGUCCAAAAUCUCUGAAGAAUGGACGGCCAAGUGACAGUAAUUACCAAUUCGAUUGUGAAUGUGCGCCUGACAAGCACUAUCUCCUCCUUUGAGGUGCAGCGCAAGUUCAGUAGAGGGAUUAGUAUUGCAGAACUGAAGGGUAAGUUGGAGAUGGUUAUAGGUGCACCUGCCUCUGGCAUGGACCUGGAGUUGUUCAGUGCCUCUGACAAGCUCCUACAGAAAAUGGACGACAAUGAAGCUUUGCUGGGUUCCUAUCCUGUGGAUGAUGACUGCAGAAUACAUGUUAUUGACAGAAGUGGAGGUCAGAUGGAUGAGUUCAGUGAUGUUUCCAAAGUGGAGAAGUUUGAACUCUCAGAUGAAGCUUAUGAUAAGAAAACAGACACAGCAAGGUCAUUCAUGAAGAAACUUCGUGUUGGUCGCUUCAAUGAGGAAGAAGUGGCCAAGAAGAAAGCUGAGCUUGCUGCUCGGGAGGAGGAACAGAAGGCUGCCGCUGAGACAAUUCCUGUUGGCAGCCGAUGCCAAGUACAGGUCCCUGGGCAACCCACAAAGCUUGGCACAGUCAUGUAUGUUGGUACAGCAGAUUUUAAGCCAGGCUAUUGGGUGGGCGUGAAGUAUGAUGAGCCCCUGGGAAAGCACAAUGGAACUGUUGAAGGCAAACAGUACUUUGAAUGUGAGAACAAAUACGGUGCAUUUGUGAAGCCCCUGAGUGUGAUCGUGGGAGACUUCCCUGAGGAGGAUUACGGUUUAGAUGAGAUGUAGGACUGUGUAGUUUUUCUGCCCUGGAAUUUAAGCAUCAGCUCAUGUUAUCCAUUCACCAACCAAGACAUGAUGGAGAGUCAUUUGUUUUUAACAUUUUUUUGUGCUUCUCUGGAAGGCAUGAUCCAAAGGCAUUUUAGUUUCAGUAACUUGAAUGCAACACGACAGAAGUGACUGUUAAGCCAUAGUAUCUUGGUGUACUGGAUAUGACUGAUACAGGACAAUCACAAGAGCAGCUCACACUAAUCAGGUUUGAUUAAAGGAGAGUAUUUGCUCAUGUGAGGUAGCAUGAUGAAGGUUAAUAUGUAGUUCUUCAAGCCACUCAUUUGCAUUCAAUUCAGUUUUCUUACUUUAGUAGCACUUGUUGUGCUCGACAGUCUGUUGACAGUUGACAGUUUGGAUAAACUACAUUUCCUCCUUGUUUAUUUUAUAUCAGUGUGUACAAAGAUGACUGUAUAUAACUGUUUAUAGUUAACUGUAGUCUUAACAUUUUUUGACGACUGUAAAUUACUGACACAGUGGUCUGAGAAUCGGACACCUGUCUGCUGAAGGACAUUUACCCUAGAAUACUUUGACGCUAAAAUCAAAAGUGGCAUUGUGGCUUGUAACCCAGACUAAUAUUAUGUCCAAACUGAAGAAAUGUUUCCAGUCAUUAAAAUGAGUCUUCAGUGGUCAAAUUUAUUCCAUUAUUUUUCAAUUGACAGACAAGAAAUUCACAGUUGAAGAGAAAAAACAAUAAAUCCCCUCCAGCACUUGUCACAAUUGUCCAUAGUGAAACAUAGUUUGUUGUAUUUUGAGUUAGGGGUAUCUCCCUCACUUUUUUUAAGCAAUGCAGUUAUUGCUGUUUACAUAGGUGUGCAAUGCCUUGGAUACCAAUGUCAAAAUAUGCAAGGGUAUAUAUGUCCUUUCUAAACAACUUUAAAUUCCUUGAAUUUCAUUUUGUCUUUCUAUGUGGUAUGUAACACAGUCUCACAUUUGAGCUUCCAGUGGAAAUAAGAUGUAAUUCCCCUUUAUUUUUCUGACUGAAUUCCUUUUGUUAAAAAUUGAAUUGUCUGCACUUUAAUGUAUCCUGCUUAUAUUGAACCACUGAAAUAAAAAUAUGUUU